GAAAGUGAAAAUAAAUGGCAGGUUAAAGAUUGUGAGAUAAUUGCGACUAUAAAUUAAAUAGCUAAGGAUUCGGCAGUCCACAGUCUUAUUGAAAAUGUUGCACCUCACUUUCGUCUUUAUCGGCCUCCUGGCGUCAUGCAAUGGUGCAAGUUUACUGUCAAGGAUCGUCGGUGGAACCACAGCCAAAAUAAGUGAUUUUCCAUAUCAAGUUUCAAUUAGGAUUUCUGGUUUUCAUAUUUGUGGAGGAUCGAUAUUGAAUAAUCGAUGGCUUCUCACGGCUGCCCAUUGUAUCGUGAAAUACAAACCUGCCGAUAUCACGUUAGUGGUUGGCACGAAUUAUUUAUCUACUGGAGGAAUUGCUUACAAAGCUAACAGUAUUAUAUUGCAUAUGGAUUACGUGCGAGAAAAACAAGUCCACGACAUUGCACUUAUAAAGACUGAAGUAGAAAUUACAUUCACGGAUAAGAUAGCGCCUGUUGCUUUACCGACUGCAGAUGUGGACGAAUCAAAUUGUAUUGCUAAUUUUACCGGCUGGGGAUACACUGAUAAGUACAGCGCGAACAGCAACUCACUUCAGGUUAUAGAAUUUAAAGUUAUAGCAUUAUCUGAGUGUCAGAAUACCUUUCAAAAAGUGAUACCGACUCACUUAUGUACCUACAACAUCAUAGGCGAAGGACUGUGUUAUGGCGAUUCCGGUAGUCCUCUAGUUUUCCAUGGAGCACAAAUUGGUAUCGGUUCUUGGGGUUCGCCGUGUGCAUUGGGUUAUCCCGACGUACAUACUAGAGUUUAUAGUUAUUUAAGUUGGAUAGAGGAGACGAUUAGUUAAAUUAUUAAAUUAUAUUAUAUCACUCUGAAAUUGUUGCUGAUCCAUCGGAUGUUGGAGAUAACUUUCGUAACAGGAAACGUGACGUCCAUACGGAAGUGGUCCAAAUGAAUUCUGGAACGAUCGUGACUGCAAUAUUUAUUUAAAAUGACUUUAGCUCGCUAUUAUUAUGUUUUAUAUUGAUUAGAGAAAUCACUAGAUGAUCAAUCUACAAAACGAUAAGGAAUUGCGGUCAGUACCGUGUGAACGAAAGUAUUACUUUUAUUUUACUUAGAAUAUACCAUUUUUUUCGUACUAAUUUAUUAUAUUUCAUAUAUUGUAAUUAGCCGCAUAAUCAAUCUCAUCUUAAGAUAUAAUUGUUCAUUCAACUUAUAGAACUUAGCGUUGAAAUAUUAUAAUUUUUUUUAUCGACGUGUAUUCGUAUAAUAUCAUUAAUUGCAAUCCGAUUCAAGGAUACAUCAAAAUGGCUGAUAAUUCUAGAUAAUCUAGCUUUGAAUAUUCUUGGCAAUGACUUAUUACUUUUACAAGGAAUAAUCAAUUGCCUGCAAUUUUCUAUAAACCCGUUGUAACGAUAGAUAGAUGAAUAAUAAUUUUUUUCUUAUGCAUA